AUGCAACCAACACGUGCCGUACCAACUCUUCAUUGGUACCAUCGUCCUCCAGACAAACACACAGAGAGAUCCUGCCAACCAGCCUCACUUGGCAUUCAACUGGCACAGAGAUACUUCCAACCAAAGUUAUCCUGCCAAUCUGCCCACUAUUGGCAAUCGAUUGGUGCAUUGAUGGUUUACCAUAAUUGUAGCCAUUCCGCUGACCUGCCACGGUAUAAACUGGCAAAUUGA